AUGAGAGCCGUUUCAGACCAACAAGAGCCAUGGGGUGUUCGAUGGCGAUCAUCCACCUAUUUCAUUGUCGCGACAAUGGCAGUGGCCAUGCUCACCGAUAUGUAUCUGUACGGAUUUCUGGUUCCGAUUCUUCCGUUCGUGCUAGAGCAUCGACUGGGCCUCGACGUCUCGCUCACCCAGCGCAUAAGCACAGCGCUGCUAUCCCAGACCGCGCUCGUCAUGGUCGUGGCAAGCCCCCUGAUCGGGUCUCAUGCCGACCGCUCGGGCGCGAAGCGUGCCUGGCUGUUAUUCGGACUUGCCGGCGCAUUGGUGGGUUCUUUGAUACUCGCCGUGGCGACUUCAUGUGAGUGGCGGCUAUCCGCGGAUGAUAUUCCCAGCAAGGCGAUUAAUGUUAGUGCAGUGUUCACUCUCUUUGCCGGUCGCCUUAUACAGUCUGUUGCCAGCACUGGUCUCUGGGUGGUAGGAUUCGCUACUCUGGCGGACAACGUGCCUGCCGAUGAGCUGGGCAAAAUGUAUGGUUUCGUGACUGUUGCUAUUGGCGUAGGAACAUCGGGCGGACCGCUCGUGGCUGGCAUUCUGUUCGACAUAGGCGGGUAUUGGGUGGCAUGGUCGAGUGUUCUUUUCGUUAUUGUGUUUGAUGUCAUUCUGCGAUGUCUGAUGCUAGAGCGGUCGCGGGAAACCAGCGUACCUGUUCGCGCGGAACCGGACGGGCAGGAUCCAGAGCGGGAGGCACUGUUGCCACCAUCGACUGAUCCAGAACCACAGGUAAGCACUCAAGGUGUAUCGGAAAAGACGGGUAUACAAUUCUAUCUAUGCUUGUGUGGCAACGGUCGCUUCGUUGGUGGUGUCGUCAGUUAUUUCUGCUAUGCCGUUCUAACCGCCAGCUUCGACACAACCCUUCCCCUCCACGUGCGCGAUGCGUUUCAUUGGGGAAGUCUCCCCGCUGGUUUGUUAUUUGCUGCUUUCCAAGGCCCCGCGGUGUUCCUUAGUGUUCCUGUGGGCUGGCUGAAGGAUCGGGUGGGGACUCGAUACCCGACCACGAUCGGGUUUGCCCUUCUGGUACCUUUAAUGUGGCUGAUUGGUGUUCCUGGGGACGAACGGUUUCCCUGGGCUUAUGAAGAAAAGAUUGGUUCGAUCAUAUACAGCGUAUCUGUCACGUGUAUCGGGAUUGUGAUAUGCUUGCUCAACGGGGUGGGUAUGAUGGAAGCCACUCAAGCUGUUGAUGAGAUCGAAGGAGAGAAUCCUGGAAUCUUUGGCCCGAAUGGCGGCGGGGAUAUGCGGGCUGUGUUCAUUCACCGCCUUCUGGAAUUUAAAAUCGUCUGUGCCCCAACGGCCUCAGAAGCAGACGUCUUCUGGAGUUCCGAAAUGAGAACUGGAGAAUGA